AGAUCGGCCACUGCCUUCCUAUUCUGGAUCUGAAUUGAUUCUUAAGUUUUGAAAAUUUCGACCUGUUCCUGAGGUUUGUGCAGCUGAGAUUUAAAUCGCCUAGUCAAGGGAGCGCACUCGCUCUUGCUCCAGCAAAGCCUAGCAAACUCUUACUGUCUCUGGGAGGCACAGUGACCAGGUCGAUUGGCUGUGGCAAGUGACCCUCCCUGUGGCUAAGGCCUACGAUGCUCGCCUCUUGCUUAAGCUGGGGGCGGCCUGGCUGCCUCCGGCUCGGUCAGUUUCUAGCGUCUGCAGGCUCAGGGCCCCGGACGUGUCAGGCUUGCCAGUCCAGGCCGCACCACUCAGGAGGGGGCGAGCGCUGGCUCGGUUCGGAGGCCCAGGUCCCUCUGCCUGGCCCUGCGCACCGGACUCUGAGGGAGUGGACACUGCUGGUGAGCCCGUUCGGGCGGUUGCGGGCGCGGCUCCCAUGCCACCUGGCCGUGAGGCCCCUGGACCCCCUCACCUACCCGGAUUGCGACCGUGUGCUGAUCUCAGUGUGCGGCGUGGAGGGCAGGGCGCAGGGCUUAGACGGUCUGCAGGUGAAGUACGACGAGGCUCUGAAAGAGAUGGCCAUAGUGUCUGACACCAUCGACCCACAGGCGUCCGUGGAGGUGAACGCGCCCCUGAAGUUUGGUUUGAAUAUCAAGUCAUCAGGGUCUGGCUGUGUAAAAGUUGAAAAUAUUGAGUGUGAUGACUGCAAAAUUGAAACUGAGCAGGGGACCAGCAUCUUGCAAUCUGUUAAGAGUCAAAAGUUACAUGUUCAGACAAAAGGAGGCAACGUGAUCUGUCUGGGAACAAUUUAUGGAAAUAUAGAUAUUCACGCAUCACAUCAGAGUACUGUGACUGUAGAUAAACUGCAGGGAAGUUCUGUUACUAUAUCGACUGAAGAUGGUUUGCUGAAAGCCAAGUAUCUUUAUACAGAAUCGUCAUUUUUGUCUUCCACGGCUGGGGAUAUUACAUUAGGAAGUGUUCAUGGUGAUAUAAUAUUACAAACUAAGAUGGGUAACAUCACAGUAGAUUCAUCCUCUGGAUCUUUAAAAGCCUCAGCUCAUCAGGGUGCCAUAGAUGUUUAUGUCAGCCAACUGGGGCAAGUGGAACUGAAAUCCCAUAAAGGUUCUAUUAUUGUCAAGGUCCCAUCUUCUCUUCCAGCUUAUUUACAGUUAUCAGGAAAAGAGGUUGAUGUGAACUCAGAAGUCCACGUUCAGGAAAUGGCUGAAGCUCGUAAAGAUGAUGGUGUAACAAUUACAGGACUCAUGAAUCAAGCAAACAAACAUGAAAAAUGGAUUAAGGCUGAUGCCCCAAAAGGCACUGUAAGUUUUAGAAAGCAAAGCUGGUUUCAGUCCCUGAAACUGCAGGACUAAGUCUGGUUCGAGUUAUCGUUAUGAUUUUUAACAAUAAUUGGCAGAUCUUUGAGGGCAAAAAUGCAAGGUCUGCUGUUCCUAUAAAUGUUAAUAAUAACAAAAUAAGAAUGAAUACUGGUUAAUUGUUUCAGGAGGGCUUCUUCAAAAUUUGUACCUAGCUAUUGUAUUCCUUUUCUAUUGUUUUCUAAUCACCACAAAUUUAAUGAUAUAAAAUAAUACCCACUUACCACAUAGUUCAGUAGGUCAAGAGCUUAGCAUAAUUACGUUCUCUGCUCAGGGUAUGGCAAGGCUGGAAUGAACGUGUCAGCCAGGCGGAGCUGCGGAGGCUUUGAGGAAAAAUCUGCUUCCAAAGUCAUUCAUUUAAUUAGCAAAAUUCAGUUCUUUGUGACUGGGUAUGACUGAACUCUCCAUUUUCUUGCUGGCCAUCAGCCAGCAAUCAGUCUAGCCUUCUAGAGGCCACCUAUAUUGCUGUAUCAAGCCAGCAAUAAUAACAUUCAGUUCUUCUCAUGCUUUGAAUGUCUGACUACUUCUGUAAGCAGCUGGAGAAAUCUCUGCCUUUAAAGGGCUGACUUGGUCAGGCCCACCCAGGAUAAUCACUGUUUUGCCAUAUAAUGUAACAUAAUUUGGGGAGUGCUAUCUCUUUAUCUCAUCAUAUGUAUAAUUUCCACUCCCAUUCAAGGAGAGAUUAUACAAGGCAUCAGUGUGGGGGGAUAGGAGGGAGGAGUUAUGUUAGAAUUCUUUGUACUAUAACUCUCAUGUGACAGGUUUUCUGCUCUAUAUACAUUAUGUCACCAAUGUAACU